AUGGCCUCGGAGCCCGAGGAGGCGUCCACCCCUGCUGGGAUACCUGGUGACUCGCAGGAAGAGGAUGGAAGCCGCACAAGCUCACCUCCCCUGCCUGUAGGAUCAGACGAUGCGGUGGGAAGCCCAGCUCAGCCGCCUGAGCGGGAGUCCACGGAGGAGGCGGGUCCUGGUGGCCCCGACUUCGUGCCUCCACUGCCUGCUGGAGAUGGACCGGGCCAGGCCCUCAUCCUGCACGGCACCGGCGCAUCCUCAGACUCUGACUCCGACGACUACAGCACCUCAUCGGAUGAGGAGCCGGACGAGUCCCAGCUCCCGCCCGGGCCGAUCGACCCCUCCCGCUGCUCGGCGACGGGCCCAGGCUUCUCCGGAGGCUCCUCCGGCAUGCCCGUGAAAAUGGUAAUAACAGCAAAAGACUCUGCUGGCCGUCGCAUCCGGGAUGGGGGUGCCUACGUCCUGGUGACACUCGACAAACCCGCACCCACAGGGUCAGUUGUUGUGGCCAGAGCAGAGGUCACCGAUCACGGGGAUGGUACCUACACCGCCCUGUACACAUGUCCUAGUAAGGGUAGCUACCAGCUGACGGUGGAGCUUAAUGGCCAGCCCCUGGGCCAGUUCCCCUUCCCCAUCUACUUCUCCGCCCCGGAUCUCCAGGCCGCUGCCAAGGCCCUGGAGGCCGCGUCUGCCGCAGCCGCGGCGGCCGGCAGCGGCGCAGCAGCGGUGAACGGCCCCGUCCCCACCGCUCCCGGCCCCGUCUCCGCCGCCCAGCUGAGCGCCGGCGCAGUCGGGUUUGGCGUCGCCCAGCCCAUCCCUGGAGCAGCUCCCCCUACCCUGGGGGCGCAGGCCGCGCUGUCAGGUGUGCCCUUCCCCGCCACAGAUCUCGAGCGCCUCAGCCGAACCGUGCUGGUGGGCGCUCCUUGUUCCCUGCCCUCCGGCGAGGCCCUGGCGGCGGCCUUCCUUCGCGCCGGCGCCGUGGCCAGCGUCCAGCUGGCGGGCCCCGGCGCCGCCUUCGCCUGGGUCGAGUUUGCCGCCGCGGCCUCGGUGCCGGCGGCGUUGGCCAUGGACGGCGCCGCAGUGCCCCCACUCGUUCCCGGCGGGGAGCCCGUCACGCUGCGCGUGGAGGCCGGCGCCGCGGCCCGCGCCGCGGCCGAGGCCCUGGUGUCGGGCCAGGCGGCACUGGACCCGGCCAAGGCCGCGGCGCUGCAGCAGGCGCAGCGCUUUGCCGCGCUCAGCGCGCAGCAGGCCGCGCUAGCCGAGAGCGUGCUGGCCGCACGCGCCAUGCGCGCGGGGGCCGCUGCCAUCAAGGAGGGAGGCAAGAAGGGCGUGGACCUCGCGGGCGUGUCCGCGAUGGGCGGUGUCUGCUUUUUCAACCUGGCCGUGGAGACCCCUGAGGGCGACCUGGACCUCCUCCAGGCUGUGAUCGACGGAUCCAACACCGAGGUGGAUGAGAGCGCUGAGGAGCGCAAGGGAGGAGCCGGGGACAUCGGCAAGAUCUUUCUCUCUGCUGGCGACAAGCAGCUGGCCAUCAUCGCCCAUGUGCCCAAGGAGCUGCAGACCACCAAGAACAUCACCAUCGACGAGUGGGUGGCGGCUGUGACCAAGCCCCUGGGCGAUGUCACCGUGGUGAGCAAGACCGAUGAGCUGAUCAAGAUCACCGUCGCCGGCAACGCCGAGAAGGGCCUGUUCCCCCUGAAGAUGCGUGACGAGGCCAUCUCCGCUGGCUUCGCCUUCCUCAAGGAGAAGGGCCUGAUCCCCAUCGCCGACUCCUCCGACGAUGAGGUCAACUACGCCGAGGCCGCCGGCGUCGAGUGGUGA